CUUUUUUCUUCCAAAUAAACGGGAUAGCUACACUCCAACUUAUGAUCAAACAGUGAAAAAAAUGCAGAGCUUAGUUCGGAGGCUAACGGUGGUCACACGCUACCAUCACCACCAACCUCAACCCAACCUCUCCUUUAAUCCUCACCGUAUCUCUCAAACUCGUCCUUCAACUCACAUUGCCCAACCUUCCAAUCUAGGGCACCACAUUCCCUCACCAUCCUCUGCCAUUCAUCAUUUUCACUCAUGCCGAUCCCAAUCAAUGAUCGUUCGAAACUAUCUCUCCAAUUUAUUCGCCAAAAACCUACUUCAUCGUACUCUUCCCAGAGUUCAUUUUCACCGUCAGAACUUCAAUUUCAACCACAAUUAUAAUUCUUACCGUCGUGGUUGGAGAUCAUGGUUCUACGGGCUAACACCAAAUGACGUGGUUCUGGGCUUGAUUGUAGCUAAUGCUGCUAUUUAUUUAUUUUGGAGGGUAGCAAGUCAAAAGUUUAUGAUAAAUAACUUUACUAUCUCUUUGGACAAUAUUAAGAGUGGACGCCUGCACACUUUGAUUACCAAUGCAUUCAGUCACGUAGAUACCUGGCACUUAAUUUACAACAUGAUUGGACUCUACUUCUUUGGAAUGAAUAUUGCAAGUAAAUUUGGACCUAACUUUCUGCUGAAUCUAUAUUUUGCUGGUGCAAUUGGUGGUUCUGUUUUCUAUCUGGUGCAUCAAGCCUACAAGGCUCAAACAUCAAAGGGCUGGGGAGCUAUCGAUGCUUCAAAGAAAGUAGCAUUGGGAGCAAGUGGAGCUGUGAAUGCAGUUAUGCUGCUGGACAUAUUCCUCAAUCCAAGAGCAACUUUAUACUUGGACUUUAUUAUACCAGUUCCUGCGGCAUUGCUGGGGAUCUUUUUGAUCGGGAAAGAUAUGCUGAGGAUAAUAGAGGGAGACAGUACAAUAUCAGGAUCUGCACAUUUAGGGGGUAUGGCAGUUGCAGCCAUAGCAUGGGCAGGAGUUCGGAAAGGAAGAUUCUAAAUCCUUUUUCACACCUCUGCAAAACUAAGUUUUACUUUGUUGAUUAUACUAUUCAAUUAGUUAUUGAUGCUAUAACAUACCGUCUGUUAUCAUUUUUAAUUACCAACCAUGUAGAUUAGGUAAAGUUAUUGGGUUAGAUUGUUUUAAAAAAAAUAGUUAUUCUGUCAAAAAGAAGUUAUUAGUUUAGAUUUGAAUUAGCAACCCAUAUGUAGCAUAUGCUACAUAUGCGCAUACUAGAGUAAAGGGUGUCAACAUAGUUGACAUGUGUUUCUACUACAAUGUUUUUGCAUGCCAUUUAAAUUGUACGCAUUGACUAAUUUUGGUUGUAAUAGUAGUUUCGACCUUAAGUUUUUUGAUU